CGUGUCACGCACGUGGACUCACACCCGCGUGGCCUCCCGUGUCUGGUUGCCUCCCUGAGCGUCGUGUGUUCAGGGUCCUUCCGCGGGGCGGCGGCGGUGGGCGCCUCGCUGCUGCUCGCGGCCGAGGGAUAUGCGCGUGCGCGGCGGAUGCACCUGAGGGACGUGCGCGUGCGCGGCGGACGCACCUGAGGGACGUGCGCGUGCGCGGUGGACACUGUUUGGCCCUUCCCCCGCUGACCGACGCUUGGGUGGACUCUGGCCGUGUGACCGCGCUGCCGUGCACAGGCGCGUGCAAGCUUCUGCGGGGACGUGUGCUCUGGGGUCCUUUGGGCAGACGCCCGGGAGCGGAAUUGCUGGGUCACGUCAGCCAUCCCAGCCCGGAGGUGGCUGCGGGGGGCGGAGUAGGUGAAGUCGUGGUUUUCCUAGUGGCCAGUGGUGUGGAGAAACUUUUCAGCCGCUCCUUGACCCAUUUAUGGAUCUUUGGAGAAAGACUAGAGGGCAGAUGGACGCCUUCAGCACCAGGAGCCUGGCCCUGCAGGCGCAGAGGAAGCUGCUGAGCAAGGUGGCGUCCAAGGCCACGGUGGCCGUCUUCAUCGACGACACGAGCAGCGAGGUGCUGGACGAGCUGUACCGCGCCACCAAGGAGUUCACCCGCAGCCGCAAGGAGGCCCAGAGGGUGGUCAAGAACCUGGUCAAGGUGGCCGUGAAGCUGGCUGUGCUGCUGCGCGGCGGCCAGCUGGGCAGCGAGGAGCUGGCACUGCUGCAGCGCUUCCGCCAGGGGGCGCGCCGCCUCGCCAUGACGGCCGUCAGCUUCCACCAGGUGGACUUCACCUUCGACCGGCGCGUGCUGGCCGCCGCCCUGCACGAGUGCCGGGACCUGCUGCACCAGGCCGUGGGCGCGCACCUGACCGCCAAGUCCCACGGCCGCAUCAACCACGUCUUCGGCCACCUGGCCGACUGCGACUUCCUGGCCGCGCUCUACGGCCCCAGCGAGCCCUACUGCUCGCACCUGCGCCGGAUCUGCGAGGGCCUCACCCGCAUGCUGGACGAGGGCAGCAUAUGACCUCUGGCUCUGGGGCUCCUGUGGGGGUGCAGGGGGGGUUCUGGAACCUCUUUUCUCCUGCCCUGUUCUGGCCAAAUCCCCGGGACAGGUGCCCAUCCCCGAGAGAACGUAGCCCGUCGGAGGCUGCGGUUUUCAGGACCCUUGUUGCCUCCCUUCCCGCAGCGCCUCGACAGGAGAAGGGCUCAGCCUGGUGGGGCGCGGCCUCCCCAGCACCCCGAGACUGCUGCCCACCCAGGCCCGCCUGACCUGACCCGACCCCCAGCACCCCUACGCUCACUUGAUGCCUCUGAAGGCUGGCACUUGCCACCUGAUGAUGUUAACCAUGUUGCCUGUUCCUUCCGACAGGGUCACGGUGAACCAGAAGGGAGGGAGUGUUCCGGGCUGAGCUGCAGCUCCCCGAAUUCUCUGGUUGAAGCUCUAGCGCCCCUCCCCCCCACCCGUUGAUGCGACCUUGUGUGGAAACAGGGUCCUUGCAGAUGGAAUCGGUUAAGAUGAGGUCACACUGGAGUGGGGUGGGCCCCUGAUCCGGCAUGACUGGCGUCCUUGUAAGAAGGGGACAUUUGGACAGGGAAGAGGGCCGUGUGCAGAUGGGGCGGAUGCUGAUGGCCGUGUCUAUGAGCCAGGCUCCCCCAGGAUCGCCAGCCACCUCCAGAGCUGGGACAGCCGCCUGGACAGCCGUGGGAAGGAACCAGCCCAAGGGACGCCUUGAUUGACUUCCAGCCCCCGGGCCUAAGAGGGGGCAGAUUUCUGCUCUCGCCCUGGGGAACGAGCGCGGGGAGCCAGGGAAAGCGCUGGGCGGGGAAGCCUCCCUUUGGUUGGCACCGCUGCCCUGCCUCCCACGUGGGAGGGGACAGACGGAGCCCCCCGCUCGGGGCUCGAGGGGAAAGCCUUCGGAGAUGCACGCCUGUUUAAAAAUGAUGAUUUCGUUUGGGUUUGGUAGGAGACGAAGGGCUGUUUGUACAAGAUCUUCAAAAGCAAAACUCUGCACUUUGGCUUUGGCGACGCCCCCAGAAGAGGCCCCAUCGCGGCCCAGGUGGACACGUGGGCUGGGGGGCGGGUCUGUGAUUCCUGCGAGUCAGGAGGGGACACGCGGUUAACAGGCCGCGUCAGGGCUGGGAGGGAGGCUCUGGGCACCGCAGGGGACGGGGAAAAUGACGUUCUGUGACGUGUUUGCAGAGUUGGGUCAGUGGGCAAAGCCUUGGCACAAGUGGCCUGCAGGCCUUUGUAGGCGAGAAGAUAGGUUUGGUUGGCAUUAGUUAAAAACAAGGACAGUGCAUUGCACGUA